AUUGCUGUGGUUUCCUUCAACCAAACCAAAACUAAAUCUGUUUUCUCUAGUCGUUUGCUUUUUGUGUCCACUCGAAUCGAUUAGACUCUACUAUAUAACUCGUACGAGGAACACAUCCAACACCCUCUGACUGUGUCGUUUUCUCUCACUCAAACUCAAAAACUAAAACCCAUUUUCUUCUCCAAAACCUUCCACUUUCUCCAACCCAACCAUAUCUUCUUCGCUCUCUCUUACCCAUUUUUCUAAUCUUCUCGCUCUGUCCAAUUCCGACACUCCCGGGACUUUCCUGAAAUUGGGCACUGUGACAUUGAUGUGCACAAUGUUCAGCUAGGGUUUAAGUUUAACUCCUUAUUUUGCUGGAUUAGCACUUUCAGAAUAUCGAACGAGAAGUGACUGAGUGGUUGAUAAAGGGCAAAAUUUGGUGCUGUAGGUGUUUGAAGGAACCAGAUAUCACAAGAAGGUUAUGAUCAAAAUAGAGUUGUCAGAUCUAGCAGUGUUACUGGCAAUGAAAAAUCUUCUGUAGGUUCUGUUACACACUUUAAUUUGCACUUUGACAUGGAGGCUCAAAUUCAUCAACUUGAACAGGAAGCUUACUCUGCUGUGUUGCGUGCUUUCAAAGCUCAGUCUGAUGCUCUUACAUGGGAGAAGGAAGGUUUGAUAACUGAGCUUAGAAAAGAGUUGAGGGUUUCAGAUGAUGAACACAGAGAGCUUCUUACCAGGGUUAACUCUGAUGAAAUAAUACACCGCAUUAGGGAGUGGAGACAAACUGGUUGUUACCAACCUGCUAGACGUAGCACAUCUCAGCCUGUUCAUGACAUUUUACCUAGUCCAACUGUUUCAGUGUCCCGAAAAAAGCAGAAGACAUCCCAUUCGGGUCAAUCCUUGCCUGCUUUAUCUUCAGUGAAGUCUGUGCAGUAUACUUCUGCUGGACCAACUGGAGGUAGGCAUUUUUCAAAUCGCAACGCUAGUGCUCUUGCAUCCAAUCCACCCACCGAAGCAGCAGCAUUUGAUCCAUUGAUUGGGAAGAAAGUUUGGACUAGGUGGCCUGAAGAUAACCACUUUUAUGAGGCUGUUGUAACUGAUUACAACCCUGCUGAUGGUCGGCAUGCUUUGGUUUAUGAUAUUAAUAAAGUACAUGAGACUUGGGAAUGGGUUGAUCUCAAAGAGAUCUCACCGGAGGAUAUAAGAUGGGAAGGUGAAGAUCCAGGCAUAAUCCAUAGAGGUGGACAUAGUGGGCACGGUCGUGGGAUUAAGAGAUUCUUUGGCCAUGGUGGUGAUUCUUUAGGUGCAGGAAGAGGGAGAGGUCAUCCUAGGCUUCAUACCAGACAAGAAUUUCACCCACCUCAAAAUGGUAUUGGGAAGAGAGUUUUGGAUGACAUUGAAUUGCUGAACACAGAUUCUCUAGUUAAGGAGGUGGAAAGGAUUGUUUCUACAAGUGCUCCAGAUUCAAUGGAGCUUGAGAAGGCAAAGCAAAUGCUGAAAGAGCACGAGCAAGCACUUGUUGACGCUAUUGCAAGGAUUGCAGAUGCAUCCGAUGGUGAAAGUGAUGAAGAACAGCCGUUUUUGCAGCAUGGACAAUUAAUAGAAAGGGGAUAAGAGCACAGGAAAUACUGCAUGUUGGAGGUAAUCUGUUGCACAGAAAACAUUAUCUUUAAGCUCUGAUGAUCUCGUGAAACUAUAAUAUUGGAGAGAUGAAUGGGUGGACAGCUUAUGCAUGCACUGGUAGGAUCCAACAGCAGCAAAUGACCAAUACGAUUUUCUUCUUACUGAUGCAUUUUCUGUCAUUCAUUUCUUACUCUUCCUGACUGUUGCCACAUGUACGAGUUUUGUACUCAAUGACGAUUUUGAAUACAGGGAGCCCCUCAUUUUAUCAAUUCUUCAGUCUGCAUGCAACUGUAAAAUACAAGUAAAAUAUUAUAAAUUAAUCGGUUAUGAAUUUCUUUAGACUUUCUCCUUAACAGAUACUAUCGAUGUCUUCAAUGCAGUUCCUGUAACGUAACAAUGAAAUCAUAAAUAAAAUAAAUAGUAGACUAAUUGCCUUUUUUCAGCAAAAAAAAAAAAA